CGAGAGGCAGUGCAUUAAGCGAAGAGGCUGUGCAUCGAGGUCAAGUUGCAACCAGGGCCUCCGCAGUCACGCCGCAGAGGUAUAUUUCAGAGUUAUCACCGCUGCGCAACGCGCGCGUGCAACGCCGCGCGACAAAAAGAUUACGAGCGCUGCAACAUCGCAGGCACAAGUGCAAAGCGGCGCGUCGGACCGCAGCGGUGCCGCGCGUGCGCCCGGCAAUUGCUAUACUGCUGCUCGUCGCCGCAUUGAUCCAAGUCAGCGCGGCGCGCGGCCUACGACCAAAAAUGUUCAUCGCGAGAGCGGCGCGGCCCGCGCUGCAGCGGCCGGCGCGCCGCUGGCUCCGGGCGGCGGCCGCCGCGCGAAGCCGGAAAGGGCUCUUACAAAGGGGCGGCAGGAAGGCCGCGCUGGCGACGAGCGCCGACGUGCCGCCGGACCCCUCGACCUACGCGCGCGUCGCGCUGAUCCUCGAGGACGGUUCCGUGUUUGAGGGCAAGUCCUUCGGCGCCGAGCCGCCGGCCGGGGGCACGUUUGCGGAGGUCGUCUUCCAGACCGGCAUGGUCGGCUACGCCGAAGCGUUAACGGACCCGUCGUACCGCGGCCAGUCGCUCGCGAUGACGUACCCCAUGGUUGGGAAUUAUGGCGUGCCCAACAAUAACGAUAAAGAUCCCCUCCAGCCGUUGUUGCCCCGUCGUAGCUUCGAGUCCGAUAGUAUUCACGCGGCCGCGGUUAUUUGCCAGGACUAUUCCAAUCACUUCUCGCACUGGGAGGCGACGCAGUCUCUCGGAAGAUGGUUACAUGAUCAAAACGUGCCUGGGGUCUGUGGUAUUGAUACGAGAAGAUUGACGAAGGUCCUGCGGGAGCGCGGCUCGAUGCUCGGGCGGUUGGUGAAACUCGGUCCCGAUGAUGCCUUACCGACUUCCCAUGGUACGGACGCCGAAGCGACUGCGUUGCGCGCUAGACAUUUAGUCGACGAGGUGUCCAUCACGGAGCCUAUCACGUACAAGGCGCCGAACGAACGAUUGUCGGUCGUAGCCGUCGACUGCGGCAUGAAGGCCAACAUGGUGCGCGAAUUUAAUGCCCGAGGCGUCACGGUGACGGCCGUGCCCUGGGACUAUGAUUUCUUGGACUUGCUGGACAAGUCCGACGGGUUAUUUGUGUCGAAUGGUCCCGGCGACCCGACGCAGUGCCAAGUGACCAUCGACAACUUGAGGACGGCCCUGAACCGAGAAGGCGACGCCUUGCGCCCGAUGUUCGGCAUCUGCCUGGGGAACCAGUUGACCUCGUUGGCGUGCGGCGCGUCGACCGUGAAGAUGCCGUUCGGGAAUCGCGGCCAGAACCAGCCCGUCCUCGACGCCCUGCAGCCGGGCGCCUGCAUGGUCACGUCGCAGAACCACGGCUACGCCGUCGAUCCCACGAACCUCCCGGACGGCUGGCAAGCUUUGUAUACGAACGCCAACGACUUGACGAACGAAGGCCUGGUUCACACGUCAAAGCCCUUCUUCACGGCGCAGUUCCACCCGGAAGCCCACGGCGGCCCGACGGACGCCGCUUAUCUCUUUGAUGUCUUCGCCGAUGCGUGUUCACGGUACAAAGCGGCGAGAGCGACUGGUUCUACAGUAGAUCAAGCAUUAAUAUGGCCCAAGACCAUUAACGACUACACGCCGCCGGCCUACCCGAAGAAAGUCCUGUUACUUGGGUCAGGUGGCUUGUCCAUCGGCCAAGCGGGCGAGUUUGAUUACUCUGGUGCGCAGGCCAUCAAAGCACUUAAAGAGGAAGGCGUCGAGGUCGUGCUGAUGAACCCGAACAUCGCGUCGGUCCAGACGAACGUCGAUCCGUCGCAGUCCCAGGAGGAGCGCUUGGCCGACAAGGGCGCCGCGGAUCGGGUCUUCUUUUUACCCGUCACGCCGGACUACGUCGAAGCCGUCCUCGAGAAGGAGAAGCCCGACGCUAUUUUAAUAAGUAUGGGCGGCCAGACUGCCUUAAAUUGCGGUAUCGAAUUGGACGAGUCCGGCGUGCUCGCCAAGCACAACUGCCGCGUGCUCGGGACGUCGAUCGAGACCGUGAUAGCCACGGAAGAUCGCGAAAUCUUCAAGAACAAAUGUUUAGAAAUAGGGGAGCCCUGCGCCAAUAGUAUCGCGACGAACACCGUCGAGGAGGCCUUGGCCGCGGGCGAGAAAGUGGGCUACCCUCUGAUGGCGCGCGCGGCCUUCGCUCUCGGCGGUCUAGGAAGCGGCAUCUGCCAGGACGCGGACGAGUUAAGGACGCUCGCGACGAAGGCUUUAGCUGUUUCUCCCCAAUUGCUCAUCGAGAAGUCGAUGCUCGGCUGGAAGGAGGUCGAAUACGAGGUGCGGCGCGCGGCGUCCCUUUGACCUUCGACGCGACGCGUCUCCGUCUUCUGAUGAAGGGGGUGGUCUCUUCUUCGAUUUCGAGUACCGAGACACUGAUAUACAACACAGGUCGUCAGAGAUCAACUCGACAACUGCAUUACCGUGUGCAACAUGGAGAAUUUUGAUCCAUUAGGCGUGCAUACCGGCGAUUCGAUAGUCAUAGCACCGUCGCAAACUUUGUCGAAUGAGGAGUACCACAUGCUUAGAUCUGCCGCGUUACGAGUCGUCCGACACUUGGGUAUUGUCGGCGAGUGCAACAUCCAGUACGCCUUGCAUCCCGAAUCGUUAGAAUACUGCAUUAUUGAAGUCAACCCAAGACUCUCACGCUCUUCAGCCCUAGCUAGCAAAGCGACGGGCUACCCCCUAGCCUUCGUCGCGGCGAAACUGUCCAUGGGCGUCACCCUGCCGGAACUCAGGAACACCGUGACCGGCGGCGCGACGAUCAUGGGCUUUGAACCUGCAUUAGACUACUGCGUGACCAAGGUCCCGAGGUGGGACCUGGGGAAGUUCCAGGGGGCCAACCGCGUGCUCGGUUCGGCCAUGGCGUCCGUCGGCGAGGUCAUGGCUAUUGGCAGGACCUUCGAGGAGAGCUUCCAGAAAGCCUUGCGCAUGGUCGACCCGUCGAAUCCCGGCUUCGAGCCCAUUGAUGGGAUGGAGUUACCCGACGACUCGCUCGAGAAGAAAUUGGUUAUUCCGACGGAUCGACGCGUCUGGGGCAUCGCCGAGGCGUUGUACAAGGGCCAGGGGUGGGAUAAACACAGAGUCAGAGACCUGACCAAAAUUGACGACUGGUUCCUCAGUCGCUUGGACAAGAUCGCCGCGACCGGUAAAGAUAAGGACAAGUGGGCCGCCUUGAAACCUCUUAUUCAAUCGCAUGAUGCGAAGGCUACCUCGUUACUCAGAGAAAUAAAACAACUGGGCUUCACCGAUGAACAGAUUGCGAACUUCUGUGGUGGUUUAUCUGAUGACGACGUCCGUGCUUGUCGCAAAGCUUUAGGAGUGAUACCUAGAGUGAAGCAGAUCGACACCUUGGCGGCCGAGUACGCGGCAGAAACAAAUUACUUGUAUACGACGUACCAUGGGGACGAUGAUGACCAGUUAGCUGGCGACGCGAAGGGAGGCACGCUCGUAUUAGGCUCGGGACCGUACAGGAUCGGGAGUUCGGUAGAAUUUGACUGGUGCGGGGUAAGUGCCAUGCGCGCGUUGCGAGGCUCCGGCGCCAGAGGUGUCAUGGUCAAUUGUAACCCGGAAACGGUCUCCACGGACUAUGACGAGUGCGACGCGUUGUACUUCGAGGAACUCAGCAAGGAACGAGUCUUAGACGUGUACGAGCGCGAAGGUAUCGACACGGGGUGCGUCAUUUCGAUGGGGGGCCAGAUUCCCCAGAACCUCGCCGGUCCCAUCCACGCCGCCGGCGCGCGCGUCCUAGGCACGCACCCGGACAUGAUCGACGCGGCCGAGGACCGGUCGAAGUUCUCGGCUCUCAUGGACGCGGCUGGAGUUGAUCAGCCGAGGUGGGCCGAGUUAUCUUCCCAUCAACAAGCGGUGGACUUUGCGUCGGAGGUCGGCUAUCCUGUUUUAGUAAGGCCUUCGUUCGUUUUGAGCGGUGCGGCCAUGAAGGUCUGUAGGGACGAGGAAGGCUUGCGGGCGCACCUAGAUAUCGCCAAAGAAGUCAGCCAGGACUACCCCGUCGUGGUCUCGCAGUUCGUGCGCGGCGCUAGAGAGCUAGAGAUGGACGGCGUCGCGAAGGAUGGGGAGGUCGUCUGCUGCCAGGCGCAUGAGCAUGUGGAAGACGCCGGUGUUCACAGUGGUGAUGCGUCUCUCUUGUUGCCUCCCCAGACUCUAUCGGAUUAUGUCCUUAGACGUGCUAGAGAGGCCGUGCGGGAAAUCGUGAAGCAAUUGCAGAUCUCUGGGCCGUUCAACAUCCAGUUCUUGGUCGGUGGUCGUACUAGUGGUAGUAAAGAUGAAGAUGAAUUAGAUGGUUCGUUUGCGUCGAUGAAUGAUGUGAGGGUCAUUGAAUGUAACCUGAGAGCGUCUCGGAGCGUACCGUUCGUGUCCAAGGCGACUGGAGUCGACUUCGCGGACGUCGCGACUCGCGUGUUGGCCGGUUUGCCUUUACCGGAUGAGGAAAAAUUACCGCAACUCUUCCCGAGGGAGGGGCAAGCCCCGCAGAACUUUGUGGCGGUGAAAGCUCCCAUGUUUUCAUUUGCUCGGCUGCGGGGCGCCGAUCCCGCGCUCGGCGUGGAGAUGUCCUCGACGGGCGAGGUGGCCUGCUUCGGUCGCGACAAGGAGGAGGCCUUCCUGAAAGCGUUACUGUCGACGACGAUGAAGGUGCCCACGGCUGGCUCCGGUGACACCGUCCUUGUGUCGUUCGCGGCACCGCUCGCGCAUCGCGCCCUAGGCCCGGCCUUCCAGUUGCAUGAUCUAGGCUAUGACUUAGUCGGCACGGAGGCCACGGCCUCGUACUUAAGGGGACGGGGCGUGCCGUGCAAGACGGUGGCCUUCCCCACGGACGACUCGAUGGUCGAGGACGCGACGGCGACCGCUCUGUUACGGGACAAGAAGAUUAAGUUGGCGGUGAACUUACAUGCGCCGGAAUCCAAAAGAUUGGAGGACAACUACAUGAUCCGGCGGACGGCGGCGGACUUCGGCAUCGCUUUGGUCACGAACCCGCAAGUGUUUGAGUUACUCGCGGCAGCUCUCACGCGGCACAAGAAGGGCGACAUCCUCGCGGCGAACCCCUCGGACCUCUUCUCCUACUACGAGCGCGAGCCGUCGACGGACGCGUGGACGGGCGCGAACGAGUUCCACUAGUCGUGCGCGCACCCCGCUCUCGAGCGGAACCCACACCUAUCCAUAAGCUCCCUCACGCGCGCCUAACGACAAAAAAUCUAUCUAGCACAUUACGCGCGGCGGGCGGGGCCCCUUUUGGGCGGGGAAUUGGGGGAGUCGCC